CGCUCGGUGGGAGCUGCAUCACCAGACGAGUCUCAGGGUAGUUUGCUGAGCUCUGCAGCUUCGUGGAAUAUCGAAUCUUCUGAAGAGCUGAAGAAUCUCCUCGCACUCAGCUCACGCAUCACUGCUUCCCACCCAGCUUGGAGAGGACGUACAUUCUGGAUCUGUUCCUACAUGCUAUCGAUGCAUUCUACAUGCUAUUAAUACAUUCUACAUGCUAUCAAUACACAUUUCUUCACUGAAGCCCAAUGCCGUUUUGUGGCAGUUAAUAACUCAGCAUUGAAAAGUAUUGCUGAUCGUCAUACCAUGUGUGAAGCAAUGCAGCGCUUGAGUGCUGUCUCCUUCCGCGGCGGUGCCACCAUCAGACGACGACCGCUUCACAGCUGCCAACAUCCUGUCUCGAUUGACAAUGAUCUCAGUUUUCGUUUUUCAUGUUCAACCAAAGAUCAAAUAAGCUCACCUCAAAUUUCUACGGCUCUACAUGAGACCUUCAUUGCUCACAGUGACUGUCCAUCGUCAAGGCACGUCACAUCUUCAAAAUACCCCAACAUUUCCUCGAUGUCUUGUAGCACAGAAAGUAACUACUUUAAUGAUACAAACCACGUUCCAAAUGCUCAAAACUUUCAAAGGAAGUCUAAAGGUAGAAUUGAACACAGUAUUUAUUCGAGAGCGUUAAAAACGCCUGGAAAUUCUUCGUAUGCUAAAACCGUCGCCUCCCGUAGAUCUUACGGUGACCACAGACUCAGAAGAGCGCGGCCUCAACGUGAGGGAACUACAGACUCCAUAGCUUCUUCAGAGAGGGUUUUGGUGCCGCGAUGCGCAGCUUCCACCAAGAUCUUGUGCCUGUUUCUACCUAUGUUAAUGUUCAUGCUGAUAUUGGACUGCGCCCACGCUUCCAUCUGCAUCGACAGAUUUCAGUGUGAGACUGGUGAAGAGAAACGAGUUGUAAAGUGCACUGACCCAUCUAUCGACCUGGUGCCAAUGUGUCUGAGUCCGGGGCUACUGCAGUUGUCGCUCCACCAGACCAAGAUACACGCGCUCUACCUCGUGUCCUUGAGGUUCUACACCGACCUUAGACACGUCAAUUUGAGUGACAACGAAAUAAACCACAUCGACGCGAAGAGUUUCGAGUGUCAGCCUAACUUGGAGGAGUUGCACUUGGCCAACAACAAACUGGCGAGACUCAACGCCGACACUUUCCUUGGCCUGCACAACCUGACGGUGCUUUCCUUGCGCGGGAAUCAACUGAUGGAGAUACCGGACACAACAUUCGAGCACCUGAGUCGCCUGGAAAUGCUGGACUUGUCCCACAACAGACUUCACUCCAUCGGCGACCAAGCCUUUCAGCCCCUGGGCCUGCUGCGGGUGCUGCAGCUCAGCAACAACAUGCUGGACGCGGUGCCGGCACAGGCUCUGUCCCAAGUGCCGUAUCUUGCCGAGCUCAGUCUCGGCACCAAUAAUUUCUCUACUCUGCUGGCGGAGGACCUGGCGCCGCUGUCCUACCUCACCUCGCUAGAUCUUUCUGGGGCGCCUCUAAGAGAUGGUCUUCAUGCUGGAUCUUUUUCGUCCCUCAAAGACCUUAGACUUCUUCGGCUUGAUGACUGUGGUCUCAAAGCUGUCCCGACUGAAGCUUUAGGUGUCCUGGAUAGGCUUGAGAGUCUGUACCUCAACAGAAACGACUUCGUCGAGUUGGGGCCUCAAAUUCUGGACAAAAACAGACGUCUGCAGAUCAUAGAAAUCGUUGGCUGUCCUGAGCUCGAGAGAAUGUCCAGCGAGACUUUCAAAUCUAAUUUAGAUCUUCGUAAAGUGAUCAUCGCUCGUAAUCCUAAGCUUUGGAUAAUACCUGCCGGUACAUUUCGGUUCCUCACUCAAAUGACUUAUCUAGACCUGCAUGCGAACAACUUGAUGACCUUACAGCGCGACGUGGCUGUGUGGAAUGACAUUCCAAUUUGGUUGCUGCACGAAAAUCCCUUCGAAUGCAAUUGUUCGAUCGCUUGGCUCAGAGAACAGCUUGACAUCAACAGCAGUAAGCCUGCAGUGUUGUGUGUGACGCCGCAACGACUCUCUGGCAAAGCUCUCGCCACAACAGAAAUCGCGGAUGUUUCGUGUGGCAUGGGUCCCGCCACACAAGGCCUCAUGAUCGGCGCCAUCGUGGUAGUGUUGCUCGCCGUCCUCAUCGGCGUGAUUUUGGUGCUGUUGUUCCGCCAUCGCCGCCCAUUGUUACGCGAGAUGUUUAAGAGGCCGGAGUGGAACGCGCGCAACGAGUGGAACGGUCGGUGCUCGGGCAGCACUUGCUCCAGGGACCUGCGCGCCUACCCCCCCGACUACCCUGAGUACAUCAUGGCCUCGCACAAGCCCGUGCCAGUGACGGAACUCUAGCAGGCAGCUCCCUCGCCCAGCAGCGGUCAGCACUGCCUCCUAUGGCUUUAGGGAGGUGGAGGAGGCUGGUGAAGGUGCGAGGGGUUACUGACACUUCUUGCCUCAACACGAACUUCUCUUUGUGUUCUCUCCUUUCGUGGCCGAGGAGUUCUUCUCAUUGCGUUACCAUAAUCCUCUUUUAGAUCCAAUUCUUGCGGCUCACAACGACCGGCUGUAAACGGGUGGAACUAGCGAAUCAAUUUUUAUUCCACCCUCUGGCUUACUACGUCAGUUAAGCUGCAAAGAAAGCGAUAGUUCUUAAACGGACUUUCGAAUGCCGCGCGAGUGAGCCUUCACAAUAUCGUGUAUCAAAGUAGUCGAUUUUCAAUGUGUACGUUCAAUUAAUGAAGAAUUUCUCAUUGGCAAAUCUCUUAAGUUAGUUCUGUUUCGUUAUCCGGUUUUAUCCCUAUUAUAAAUGAAGAAUUUCCUAGUCGAUUACGACAAAAAAUUUCCAGUUUGAUGACACCCUGUCCUUACUCUCGGUCUCGGCUGUUGUAAACUGCUGCUUCUCGUUGACUUGUCCAGUCCAGAAGCCGUGUUUGCAUCAGCGUAACCCUGAAGAUCCCAAUAUUUUUUAAUGCAAUUGCAGGCACGUUCUUGAUAGUAAAGUGGAUAUAUCUUGUGGAAGGUGAACGAUUCAAGUGUUCUGGGGCAUCUAAUGUUUUAUUGCAGACGCUGGUUCCUUCCGGCAUUCAUUGUUAAUCACUUGUGAAUGAAACACUCGACCAUUGGAGCCUUAAUAUUUGUUUCAACUUGUUACGUCUUGAGAACCUGUCUAUGUUGCGUGCGAUGUGAGAGGUGACCAAGCACCUCCAGCGCACGUUAGGUGCGUCCAAGCACCUCCUGGUGUGCACAUGAGGUGCAUAUAAGCACCUCCUGGUGCGUGAGGUGCAGCUCUUCAGCUUAAGAUUCAGCCACAACCCUGAGGUCGACGGUUACCAUCUUCCUGUGAUGUGGUCGGCAUAACUCGUUGCUUGGACGAUCAAUGUAGCUCUUGAAUUUAUGUACGGCUUCGUAGUGUGGGGUUCAGUUUUAGAUUGUUACAAGUUUUAAUUUUGGUCAACAAUUUCGAUUACUACUUUCUUUCGAUAACUAUGUCAUGACCUGCGAGUUCAGUUCCUACCUCACUAAGCUUGUCAUUAAAUAUAUUAUGGUUCUGGAAUGAAUCAAAGUAACUAAAUUUCUGACUUUGUUUCUCAGCUUUAAACUUACGUGGACUCUUGGCAGUUGCUGGGUCUAGAGCAGCGUGCGUUAGAGCGUCUACAUUUACUAGGCGGAGUCAAAAGCAGCCAGUAUUAGGCAUUAUGUUUCUUCUUCCCGAAGAAUCGUUGGAACGGAGGACUGCCAAGCCUGAAUGACUCACCAAAUCUGUAGCCGAAAUUUUUAGACAUGAAGAUACUACCACAUUAUGGAUAGGAGUGAAGGAUUCUACCGUGUGGUAAACCGCAAGCUUUGCUCUGAUAUUAAUUAAGGUGUAUUGAUGCAUGUUGCCAUAGAGAACGUGGCGGGCUUCUCGGUGGUCCUAGUAACGAUUGGUUCCUCAUUCUUGACAAAAUGGAAAACCUUGAAACGGUGGCUUGGUAUUAUUCCGAUUUAUUUGGUUAUGCUGCUGCUCAUUCUCGCGACACCGUUCAUGCAAUAAUAUUAAAAGCCAUUUAUGCUCCCUUAUAACUUGUGUAGUUUUCUUAGCUCUGAUUGAUAAUGAUAACGAUAAUAAUAGGUGCGUAGUACUAGUCAGCUCCUGCAUUAGAGGAGCGUCUUGUAGCGGUUCAUAUGAAGCAAUGAUUUUCAUUGCAUCAGUUGUGGGUCUGUGAUGCAUUGUAUUUCCGGUAGCUCGUGAGGUAAUGACACGUAGCCAAGUACAUGUAAACGAACUUUUAGUGUGACUUAAUUUGUCGAUUUCUUUUAUGCAGUUGAUAAAAUUAAUUGGUAUUCUUAAUAGAAGCUAUGUAUAAAAAUUGAAAUGACUUCUCAUCGAGUUUUUAUGUCUAUAUGAUGAACGAGGCUGUGGGACCUCAUGGACUUGAACGCUCGUUGGCAUCGCCGCACUCCCAAGCCUGCUCAUCUUUCUAAGUAAUUUUUCAGAACAAAUAUGAAGUUUCAAAAACUCGAUGUUGUUUCCCCAUUAGUUCUUGUAGGAGAGCCGAGUUUCGAAUUUAUUCAUUCAACUUCUUAGGUAAUGCUUUUGAAAAUUUAAUUCCGGUGUGAAGUUGUGGCGUGGCGAUUCAGAAUAUAGCUUUCGACUUUAUCUCUAGAGAAUAUAAUGAUUAGACAUCGAAUACUUCCGUGAUAAGUUAUUGAUUAUAGCCUAACUGCUGGAGUGGCGGCUCGACUAACAGCUAUAGUUAGUUACCUAACUGCUGUAGUGGCGGCUCGACUAACAGCUAUAGUUAGUUACCUAACUGCUGUAGUGGCGGCUCGACUAACAGCUAUAGUUAGUUACCUAACUACUGUAGUGGCGGCUCGACUAACAGCUAUAGUUAGUUACCUAACUACUGGACGGUUGGCUCGAUUGUUGUUACAGUUUGAGUCCUGACUGUGCGCGGUGGUUAAAAUAAUGUUGCAUCGCAUCUUUCAAUGAUCGAGUUAUUAUUAGGAAUUUCCUAGCCAUUCUAGUCGCUUCGAUCUAAGAUUAUUAAUUUUUCGACUUUAUUAUGAGAUUUAAGGCAAUAUAGCAAAAAGUCGAUGCGAUCCGACUAAUUGAGAUGCAGGAGGGACUGAUGGCCGUGGUUGAGGUGAACUCUGCUUUACACUAAAUGCUUCCCACAAGUGUUGCACCGAUGCCUGCCAAACUUAUGUUUGUCCGUUUUUCUGUAGAUCUUGCAUAACUAGCAUCUACUAAUUAUUUCACGCUGUUUGUGUUUCAGAAACUAGUUUCAACAUACUAGUCUUAUAUUAAUUUCUUGUACAAUCUCAUAAGCCUUCGAUCAGCUCAUUAUAUUGAGACUGUAAUUAUGAAUUGUGGUUCAUUGUCUGUUUUCGGAUACGCAUUCAUCAAUAUCCCUUACUUUCUCCCUCAAUUUUAUCCGGAUUUGCCUCAUGCGCGUUGCCAAUUAACAGUAACUCGACAUGAAACUGAAUUUCUCUGAAGUGCCACGCCAUGGCCUGAAGAACCGCGCCGCCUCACGCCGCCCUCUCGCGGGGCCUGUGAUAACUCGAAUAGGACGCUAGUUAAGCUAUUAGCUCGAAGCUUUACACAUAAUUAUUCUUCAGUACUCACCUUCUUGCGUCGCUAUUCCAUCAUUUUUGCUGGCUACGAGUUGAUUUUUGUUGAAAUUCUGCUAGAUUCUAGUUUGUGCGUAAGUUUGCUUCUUCAGGAUCUUAAAAAAUAGUUUAAUACUAUCAUUAGUCGUUUUAUGAGUCAAUUUCAUCCAAACAACUGAAAACAUGAGAUGAUCAAAUUACAUUUUUGUUAGCUUUUUUCUAAUAACAUGGACAUAAUUUUCUUCAGUAGUCUUGACUGAUGUCUUUUUACAAUUAUGAUAGAAGGGCUAUUAGUUUCCAUCAUUCAUGUUAAAUUUUCAAUGUAAAUUUACUUGUAUGUAAAUUUUACUCCGUUCUUGGAUAGUAAUUUUAUUUCGACGUUUUUUCCAUAUUGCAUAGCGUGUUUAGUUGCUGGUGAUCAUAAUCAGCGGGUUCUGUAUAAGUGCUCUGCAUCAAUCGUAGUUUAGACACGCUGUGACCUGGACAGCUUGCUGCCGUCUGCAGUUUAACACAAGUAUUUCUUCCAAUCUUCAGAAUUAGUAUUACGUACGUAGUAUAUCACGUCGACACAGACUUAGUAAGGUUUUCCAAGAUAUUUUUGACGUUCCUCUCAUAAGUCUUUUUCAAUGUUUUCUCGUAUAAGCAUCAUUUUUAAUCCUUAUUCAUAGGCAUAGAUUUUAUCCCCUAUCAAAAUAGUUGUAUAAUUACGAUCUUCAACAGUUGAUGGAUUCAUAAAAUUUGCUCCAUUCGAUCUCGGUGUUAAUUAUUAUAGAAUUCCUGAGCCUGACAGGUGCUAUGCCUGCUCUAGUUCAUUGUCAAUAACGGCAGGACGAUGUUGAAAUGCACUAGCGAAUAUUGUUGACAAGUUUCUGCCAUUUGCUGUUAGGACUGAAGAAUUGACGCGUAUGUCGUUCUUUUAUAUGCUUUUUUGAUGCCUUUGCUUCCGAGACGGUUGAUCAUUAUCAGUCCGAUGUGCUAUGCAUCUCUUUUGUAAAGGUUACAGUUUCACUUGAUAUUUGUCCCGAUUAAUCAAAUCUACAUUGUCGCACUCAAAUUCUGUAUUUUUUGGUUUAAUUGUUUACUCCUCUUCUGCGUAACAAUUUUAUUCCAGUUUUGGUGUUAACGCAAACUUGCUGUGCAUUAUGAAUAGGUCAUUCAAUGGAGCUUCCUUCUUGAUUGGAAUUAUUUUCCACAUGCCAAGUACAUAGAUUCUUUCCUAAAGCCUUUAACAAAUAUUCUCAAUACAACGAGUGGAUUUUAGAUGCUAGAACAUUUCACUCCCGCUUAAAUGUUCUAACUUAUAACUUCCAUGAUCUUUAACUAAUCAAAUUCGCUGUGAUCGGUGUAACGAAGAGUGUGCUUUUAUUCCAGCUUGUUAGUUUUGUAGCAUUAAAUUAUAUGCCAAUGAUGGUAGUGCGUUUUCGUGUAGGUAUGAGACUCGAUUAUCUGUAAAAUUUAGGUAUUAGAAAAAUUUAAUUACCUGGGACUUUGCGUUUGUUUAAUAUACUUAAUAUUAUGCACAUUUAUUAACUAGUUUGAUAACGUAUGCAAAUUGAAAAAUGAUUUUUUAUCAAAAUAUGAUAAGUUCUCAUUGUCUAAACUUUAAAUUGUUUGUCACUGAAUAUUUAUUCAUCUCGGUUGAACUAAGAAAAAGUCUGCAAAUGUAAACUUUUCCGCAUAUGCUACCUUCUCCGAAUACUGUAGAGACUAUUCGUUGUCCGAGCGAGACUCGUAUGAGUUAUUGGUUCAGUUACCCCUUACCCCAAAAAUAUUUUUUGCCCCAAAAUUAUUGGAUCGAUGCCCCGUUGCCCCAAAAACCUCAGCAACGGAUCUUCAUGUCAAAUCCGUCUCAUUGCUACCUACCUGCCAUUGCUGUCGCGUAAUUUGGAGUGCACAUUGCGCUUAUGCUAAUAUUUCUACUUUCUGUAAUUAUCUAUGCAAUUUUUGAUGUGUUUUCUGCCGCCUUAUGAAUCUUAUUGCUGUUAAUGAAUAUUUUUGCUACACUGGCACAUGGCGCGGAGCUCGCAGACAGCGAACCCGAUACUCGACCUCUCCUUCUGAGUUUGAAUUUGAUGCACUUUUGAAUGCGGGAAAAUAUGGUACGGGAGAAUUGAGAGAUACGGAAAAGUAUAAAACUAUCAUAAUGUCCUUAUUUUACUUACAUGGAUACAUUUCUUAUCAAUUGCUAUCCAUAGUUAUAGCAAGCGUGACUGGAUGCUCAGUGCUCAAGACCUAUGGUUCCUGUUGGAAACCUUCGUUGUUUGCGGCAAGAGGCUUUUGUCCAUUUGAAAUUUCAGGAUUCAGCAUCAAAUCAACCGUGUUGCUUAGAUAUUGGGAUUGCUAUUGGACUCCUUAUGUUUUACGGCUCACGAGAAUUAAUUUUUUUUUUGAUACAUUGGAACUGUAAAAUUUUCGAUACUCGUUUACAUCUUUUUCGUAAAUUGCAUAAUGGAAUUUUGAUACCAUUUUCGCAGGUGGACUAGUUUUCUACUAUCCUAAACAGAAAUUUAUAGAUUUUUGUGAUCUUAGUUAAUAUACCCAAUUUUCUGAUGAAUAUGCUGAUUUCCUGCAAAUCAGAGUUAGGUGCGUGGUCCACUUUGAGUACUGAGCACUCAAAGUACUCAAGUACUCAAGUACUGAGACCCUCUCGAUUUUCAAUAGGAAAUUGAUAGCACUGAAUCCAGGUUACGAUCUUGUUGCUUCAGCGAUAUUUUCUCACAUGUAUUGUGCAAAUACAUUUCCGGCAAAUGCACAAAAUCAUACAUUGAAUUCAAAGUUUCGCCAUCGGUUCGAGAAGGCACCGAACUAAACGCUGUUGUGGUGUGCAGUCUGUAUAUGUUCCUUAUAUUCUCUCAUAUAAAAGCUUCCAAUUGGAAAUAUUGAAACAUUUAUUCGUGUAACAGGAGGCCUCUCAAUUAAUCAUAUGCGUUCUGUUAUUAAUGUGUGCUCGUUGAUUGCUACAGGGUAUAAUUAGUCUAUAUUUCUCGUAGUAUACGUUACUUCAUGUAGCAAGUGUCCUGUUGAGAUUUUGUAUCUCGUAUUUGCCUCAAUUAUUGCUGUAUGCGUUGAAGUCCAGGGAUAUAGCGAGGAUAUUCGAAGUUCUAUUUCUAUGAUGUCAUCGCUUUAUACAUCCUCCUGAUUAUUAUAUUAAUUUCUUUCCAAUAUCUUUUGUAAUUUGAUUCGAUUGUUCAAAAUUUGUGGGGGCUUUCAUCUAGAUAAAUUUUCUUAGCUCGUCACUACUGCUGAAGUUGAUCAAUAUGGAACGUGAAAUUUUAAGGCAAUUCCGGAGUACCAAAUUUGAACACUUGAUUUACUUGAAUUAGUAAGUGUUUCGUAUACUUCCUAGUUAAUCGUACCAUUUGUUUCAUACCAACAGAAAACGGGGAAUCCUUUUAUGUAGCGGUCUCAUCACAACUUCAACUCAGUUUUCUUUACUAAAUUUGACACAGCAAGUUUCGGUUCCUUCUAUAAAAUGCUGGACAGAGCGAUCGAUUUUUAUUCCGGUGACUCUUUACUUAUUUAUUUAGUAUUCUACUUUCAUUGACUAGAAUGAAUGAAAAGGAAACGAAAGUGCUGCUCACAAGCGAUGUUCUCUCGUUCGCCACCAUCACUUAACAGUAUGCAAUUAUCGCUACGGUGACUGUGUUGUCACGUCGCGGCUCGAGCGCAGCCCACUGCCUGGCUUACGUUCUUCACCACCCAUGUCUAACUUAUUAUAUGCAUGAAAACUAAGGGGCAAUGUGUAGGCAACUGCAUAAGAGCUGUUCAUUAGUGCAGCUUUAAAUUUGAUAAAAAUAACCUAGUGUAUUGUAGGACCAUACGGGAAUUAGUGCUCAUUUAUUAUUUUUUAAAUGAUUAUACAAAAGCGGCAGGCAAUUACAAAAUACGGCUUUAAGUUAACAUGCCGAUUGCAAAUAUAUAACAUUAUCGCAAUAUUAACGAGGUAAUUUCGUCCAUUGUUUUUUUUUGUGAAUUUUUUGUCGGUAAUCAAGAUUUCAUCGUUAAAUAUGAACGCACGCGAAUUGCAAAUUUGUAUCGAAAUUCGCCUGAAAGUUCAAGUUUAACCAAUCUGCUAAUUGAUCUUUUUGGGGAGGCAUGUAGUCUACUUGUAAUUGGACUGAAUAACCUUUUUUCAUUUCUUCACAUAUAAUUUCGGCUUAAUUCUACCUUGCAUAGCUCACAGAUUUUUAUGUUUUUCAAUGGAAUUCGAAGGGAACUAAUCAAGGACAUGUGGUAGAAGAAGUGACGUAUGCAGAAGUGAGCGACUCGUGCUGUGACGUGACCACAUCACCACCGAUAUCUUGAACUAUUUAUACGCAUAUAUAUCAUAAAAGUAUAUUAGCUGUAACUUGUGUGCAUGGUUGAGGCGCAGGAGUUGCGAGUGCUGUCGUAUUGUGAAAAUUAUCUGGCGUGACGUCUCAUUUCACUUUCAUUUUCAUCGCUACGAGCAAUUAUCUGGUCAUUAAAAUCGUCAUACUGCGUGCAGUAUUGCAAGUUUACAAAUAUCUUCGUCGAUUUUCCUGGUCUCUAUGAUGAGGUGGUGGUGAAAUAAAAUUUUUGGGAGAAUUUAUUAUCCGAUAAGUAUUUCUCUAUUUGCACCGCUGCCAAAUGAGACUAAUUCAAAAAUUUUACAAUCAAGCAAUUCUGAGUUCCUUAAAAAAACUUACAAUUUUAGAAAGUGUGGUUAUCUUCGUAAUUUUGACUUUGUUGUUCAAUUUUCUAGAUUUAGCUGAAAUUAUGGAGUUGAUACUUCCGAAUAAAUAUCCAAUGUUAAAUUAAAAUUCAGACAGAACAAAAAUGACAUCGACUGAUGCUGAAAGGUUAUUCGAGCAUAUUUUAAUGCUCAUGCGCAUGAAACCUCACUGUUUCGAUGCUGUUUGUAAAGCGGAUUUUCACAGUAGGAAGAUCGCUCGUGUAUAAAAUGAAUUACUUAGGCAUUGUUGCUGAGCAAAGUCAAACAAAAACUUGAAAAAAAGUAACUUAUAGCCGCCAACAGACACUCGCGCGUCCGCGGUUUACUCCAGUCCGUUUCGAGGGGGGCGUGUUAACUAUCGUUAAAAUAUUCGCGAAAAAUCUCUCAGUAUCAAUUGAUUCGUGUUUUAUGUUUCUUAUCAGCUUGUAAGUGAAUACUAAAUAUAGUCAAAGUUAUUAUCCAGGAUAAUGUAAAAAAAUUGAACACUAGAGUCAAGAUUACGUUGACAGUCACAAUCAGUCUUAAAAAACUCAGAAAUUAGUUUGAUUUUAUUUAAUUCAAAAAUCCCAUUUAGCAGCUGUACAAAUGAAAAUUCCGAUAUUACAAUAUUUUUUCUAAUAUUUUUUCCCAGAACUAAAAUACUUUUCUUUUGUGACGAAAAUCUUCACCAGAGAACACUAAGUUUCUGGGAUUUUGUCUAUCGACAUAAUAUUAUAAUCGGAAUUUAGAUGCCUUGUGUGAAUAUUACUGUAGUACUGAUGCCGGGAGUCCGUUGCAGAUAGAAAUGAUUCAUUUUCAGUUUAUGUUUUUCUCUCUCUCGGUGUCGCCUCUCAGUCAAUGCACUUCAACGUCAUCGCUGUUGUGAUGCGAUUCAUCGCUGUUAUGAUGCGAUUUUGAUGUCUUGAUGCUCCGACAAAUCAAAUGUGAUGAUUUCUAGCGCCUUUUUUGAUGUCUCGAUGCUCAGACAAAUCAAAGGUGGUCAUUUGUAACGCCUUUUUUGAUGUCUUGAUGUUCCGGCAAAUCGAAGAUGCUGAUUUGUAACGCUUCUUUUGAUGUUUCGAUGCCUCUGAAAACCUGUGGGGAUGAUUUUUAACGCCUAUUAUAUAAUUUUACUUGCUUGCUGAGUUGGACGUAAAUAAAUUUUAUCGAUGCAAUGUCAUUCUAAUUUGUGGGUGUCCGAUGUUACGAUGAGACAUGUUGUUGUCUUUUGAAUUACAAGCUUGCAUUUUGUCACGACUUCUCGGAUAAAACAGUACACUGGGUUAGCGCCAAAUGGGACAUUUCUUACUUCUUGUUGCACAGCGUAUUUUUAAAUUAACGGUACUAAAUAUUUUUUUUUCAAUUUGUAUCAUGUUCAAUCGAUUUCAUAUAAACUAACAGGCUUCGAGAUGAAAUAGUAUUUGUUAAUUCGAUGAUGAACUAACUUCAAAAUUUGAGCGACACACUUUCGAUUAGUUCUCAAAUUCAUUGCUUGGGGUCAUUUGUGAAAUUGUCUGGCACGUUAUUCCUGUUGUUUAAGUGACAAUAAAUCGUUCAAUUUUUCUUGGAAAAUAUUCGACAUUUUACGAAUAUUUUUUGUCGGAAUCGGUGACUUUACCCGUGAAUCCAAGAAUAUUUUAACUUUUAAAACUUCAUAUGUGAAUCGAACCUGUGAAUCCAAGACUAUUAUAACUUUUAAAACUUCAUAUGUGAAUUGGAAACACUCGUGGUCUUUGUUGAAAAAUUUACCGUUAGUUCUUUAACGCAUUGCGCACCACGCCCUCACGCGUUAUUCCUAGGAUUUUUCACUCUGAAGCAGCCAUCUUUUUUCUAGGAUGUUUUUAUACGAUGAUGUUUAAUUCUCGAUGUCGUUUCUUAGUGCGUUUUUAAUCUUUCGUCGAUACAGAAAUUUUUGAUGGUUCUUAUUAUAUAGGAUAGGAGUAAUUUUAUAUAGCAACCCGAGUGUAUAUACUUAAAGCUUUUAAACUUUUACUGUUACUUGUUUUUAUAACAUAAUAUCUAGCUUAGGUAGGUUGUAAGAACCGUAUAAAUGGCCUCGUUUCUCAGAGGCUCUUGUCGCAAUCGUCUAUGCGUGUGAGUAAUGAAGCAGGAGCAUAUCUGUCCGUGCGCUGUUUACAUACGGGACACUGGGAUCAACAUUCUGUUCUUACACUCUACUUGGAAUGCAUUUUUUCACUCUACUUUGAUUGUGUUAUUUUUCACUCUAUCGCUGGCGCUAAUUUACAAGUACAUUUGCCUACUUGGUUAGUGUUCAAAAAAUUUCGAAGACAUGAUACUCUUUUGUUUGAUUGGUGCAAACUUUGUCGUGUGUUUCAGUGAUGAAACGAUCGCAGAGAUAGAAUUAAUGUGUCAAUGUGAACCAAAGUAAAAGAAUCCAUGCAUGCCAGCUGGAAUGGGAAAUUCUGUUAUCUUCGAUCAAUUUGUGGCAUUCAUUUUGCACUUUGUAAAACUGUCGAGUAAUUUAAUUCUUCACUUACACGUGCUUUCUUUCCUAAAUUUCAUUCAUGCUAAUAUUCACAUUCUAUUUUUUUAAUGUUCACUUUCAAUCAGGUUGAGUGUCAAAAAUAUGCAAAUUUUAUUUAAAUUUUCCGCCAUUGACCCUUUGGUUGGAGUAGCUGGAUAUGAAUGGAGUAUGAAUAUAUUUCAAGUGACUCUCAUAACAACUCGCUAUGCAUUCCGUUCUCGCUUUUGUUACGUGUGCGUGUGACGGGCAUCACACGCACGUUCGUUGACGCUUGCCUCUUAGUGCGUUUCUGAAUAUUCAAUUUAAUCUUGAAUCAAAUAAUCCAGUUGCAUUCCAUCGUAUUGUAUAUAAAUACUUAGGAAUUUUGCCUAUUACAGUUAUUGUAUAGUUCCCAUAUCGGUCCUGGGGCAGAGUUGUCUGUUUGAAGUCCGUUUCAAUACAAUAGUCUUAAGUUUUGCUGCCCUUUGCCAAGUCUGCAAUCUUAUCCAUUUCUUACAGUAACGUGAAUCAAUCCAUAAAUCUUAUUACUA